CCGCGCAGGCGCGCGCGGCGCGGGCUCGGCUGGGCUCCGGCGGAGCGUCCAGGCGUCCGGGGCGCGCGCGGUCCGGGCUGGGCGCCCGGCGUUGGCGGCACCGGCACCGGCACCAUGUUCCUGCACUCCGUCAACCUGGGGAACUUGGCGUUUUACGCCUUCAUGGUGCUCAUGGCCACCCUGGGGCUGUGGGACGUCUUCUUCGGCUUCGAGGAGAACAAGUGCAGCAUGAGCUACAUGUUCGAGUACCCCGAGUUCCAGAAAAUAGAACUUCCAAAGAAACUGGCAAAACGCUAUCCUUCAUAUGAAUUAUAUCUUUACGGAGAAGGGUCCUACGCUGAAGAGCACAAGAUCCUCCCUUUAUCGGGUAUCCCAGUUCUCUUUCUCCCUGGGAAUGCUGGAAGUUAUAAGCAGGUGCGGUCCAUCGGCUCCAUCGCGCUGAGGAAAGCCGAGGACAUUGACUUCAAGUACCACUUUGACUUCUUUAGUGUGAACUUCAACGAGGAACUGGUGGCCCUGUAUGGGGGAAGCCUCCAAAAGCAGACCAAGUUCGUGCACGAGUGCAUCAAAGCCAUUCUCAGACUCUAUAAGGGUCAAGAAUUUGCUCCAAAAAGUGUGGCGAUAAUUGGUCAUUCUAUGGGUGGCCUUGUUGCAAGGGCAUUGCUCACACUGAAAAAUUUUAAGCAAGAUCUGCUGAAUCUUCUUAUUACACAGGCCACCCCGCAUGUGGCUCCCGUGAUGCCCCUAGACCGGUUCAUUACAGAUUUUUAUAUGACUGUAAACAACUAUUGGAUUCUAAAUGCUAGACACAUAAAUUUAACCAUGCUUUCUGUAGCUGGAGGAUUCCGGGAUUACCAAGUUCGUUCCGGACUGACUUUUCUACCAAAGCUAAGCCAUCAUACCAGUGCCUUAUCUGUUGUGAGCUCAGCAGUGCCUAAGACCUGGGUCUCCACAGACCACCUCUCCAUUGUGUGGUGUAAACAGUUGCAGUUGACUACAAUUCGAGCCUUCUUUGAUCUGAUUGAUGCUGACACUAAGCAAAUAACUCAAAAUCCCAAGAAGAAAUUGUCGGUUUUGAAUCACCACUUUAUAAGACACCCAGCAAAACACUUUGAGGAAAAACCAGCAAUAAUUUCUGACUUAACAGUGACGCCGCUGUGGGUUCCGGUCAAAGUGUCAAAGUGGACCUAUGUGGCUUACAAUGAAUCUGAUAAAAUAUAUUUUACAUUUCCUCUUGCAAAUCAUAGAAAAAUCUACACUCAUGCCUAUUGUCAGAGCACCAUGCUGGAUACAAAUAGCUGGAUUUUUGGCUGCAUAAACAGCACGUCUAUGUGCCAGCAAGGGGUGGACUUAUCAUGGAAAGCUGAACUGUUGCCAACAAUUAAGUCUCUGACGUUAAGACUCCAAGACUAUCCAUCUUUGUCUCAUCUUGUUGUUUAUGUGCCAUCUAUCCAUGGAAGUAAGUUCGUUGUAGAUUGUGAAUUCUUUAAAAGAGAGACAAGAUCCAUACAGCUUCCUGUAACGCAUCUUUUUUCCUUCGGAUUAUCUUCAAGGAAAGUGAAAUUAAACACAAGCGGCCUAUUCUAUAAUGUAGAGCUUCUGAACUUUGGACAGAUAUACCAAGCUUUUCAAGUCAACGUAGACAGCAAGUGCUCAGGAGUCAAAGAAGAAAUAACUAGUAUCUAUAAACUUCACAUACCCUGGUCUUAUGAAGAUUCACUAACCAUUGCACAGGUCCCAUCUUCAACAGAAAUUUCUCUGAAACUCCAUGUUGCCCAGCCAGACAAUGACAGCCACGUAGCAUUGUUAAAGAUGUACACGUCUUCCGACUGUCAGUAUGAGGUGACGAUUAAGACUUCCUUUCCGCAAAUACUUGGGCAGGUCGUUCGAUUUCACGGCGGAGCUCUUCCUGCUUACGUUGUGUCGAGCAUCCUUCUUGCUUAUGGAGGACAGUUAUACUCCCUUUUCUCAGCAGGUCAUUGCUUAGAAUAUGCUACUAUGUUGGAUAAAGAAGCCAAACCGUACAAAGUUGAUCCUUUUGUAAUUAUGAUUAAGUUUCUGUUGGGGUACAAGUGGUUUAAGGAGAUGUGGGAUGUCGUGCUGUUACCGGAGUUAGAUGUCAUCGUCCUGACCAGUCAGAGCAUGUGUUUCCCGCUGGUCUCCUUGAUCCUCUUCCUGUUCGGAACGUGCACGGCCCACUGGGGCGGCCUGCUCUCGUCCACAGCCGUGCGGCUCCUGGCCUCGCUGUGGCUCGCCUUGAAGAGGCCCUCUGAACUUCCGAAAGACACCAGGAUGCUCUCGCCAGACCUGCCCCUGUUGACCGCUGUUCUGAUCCUAAUCAGUUGGGCGACGUGUGGAGCCUUUGCCAUACUUCUCACCUACCUUUACUACGUGUUCAAGAUUGUUCAUCUGCAAGCCAGUGUAACACAUUUUAAAAAUAGCCCAACUGUGAACCCGAAACACUCUCGGAGGAGUGACAAGAGAUGCAACCAGCACAAGGAGGCGGCGGCUCACCCGCCCCGCCUGUCGGUGGGUGAAGCCGAGGACAGCCUGCGCAUGCACACCACCGUGGCCACGCUGCUGGCCUGGGUCGUGCUGCUGUGCGUGCCCUCGCUCGUCUACUGGCUCAAGAACUUGCGGUAUUACUUUAAACUUAAUCCUGAUCCAUGUAAACCUUUGGCAUUUAUCCUUAUUCCAACUAUGGCAAUUCUUGGAAAUACUUACAAUGUUUCAAUAAAAUCAAGUAAGUUGUUGAAGACGACGUCCCAGUUCCCGCUUCCUCUGGCUGUCGGUGUGAUUGCUUUUGGGUCCACACACCCGUACAGGGUCCCCUGCUUUGUCUUCAUCCCGCUCGCACUCCACGCCUUGUGCAACUUCAUGUGAGGGAGGACGUGGGCAGCGAUGAGUAUGACCUUUGCCCUUGGGCUCAGUGGUCAGAGGCACCGCGCAGACCCGUCACCGUGGACAAGACCCUUGGGAGCGGACGCGUCUGUGUUUCCAGCGCUGGGAACAGGAGAUGAGUGUUGUGAUGCCUGGGGCGGCGUGGGAGCGUGGUUUUGUUUUGUGGUGUGGCGUCUGUGAGCUGGUCGCUGGUUUUUAACUCGUGAAACGACAGGGUGGACGCGGUCUGUAGGCCUGUGUGCGUGUCAGCUACUCCGACUGGCCACGCAGGUUGGGAUGGUCUGCUAAACACUCGGAUAAGGUGGCGCUUUCUGCUCAUUUUAUCAAACUUCCUCCGGAGAAGUGGGUUACUUUGUAUGUGCCACAGUACUCCGUUGUGAGAGAAGUCCUAAAAGAUGGAUGAAGUUCACAGCUGUGUGGUUUCUCAAAAAUGAAGUGGCCGUGGAGAGUCUUCGGUCAGUUUUCAGCAGCUACGGCAAACAGCACAGAUCUUUUCUUUUUUUCUUACGUCUGUGGAAAUACACCUUUUUAUCCUAAGGAGGCACGUUUCCUUAGAAACCAGUGCAACACUGAUGGAUGGAAACGUCAUUCAAACUCAGAACGUAACGAGAUUUUCUUGUGACUUUUCAAAAUGCAGAUCUUGGUUUUUUUUCUUAGUGAGUGUGAGGACACGAUAGCAGGUCCGUGUUCAAUCUAUGCCACUUGAUUUACCAGUGUAGCCAUUGACCAUGGCCGCCCA